ACCUAAACGUUGAGGGCGUCGCCAUGUUACUAGCAAUAUGGCAGCKUCCAUGAGCAGUGUGGAUAAGACUUCAGCUGAACGUUUACCGUUCAAUACUACAAGCUUUCAGAAGAAAACGARGAGCAAAUUAAUCYCCAUACCCGGUACCAGACCUUCGGUGCAAAAUGGACAGCUCUUAGUUUCGACCGGUGUUACGUCGCUCGACUAUCUGCUCGGUGGUGGGUUAGCAGUUGGAACAGUGCUUCUUAUUGAGGAGGACCGAUAUGAUAGCUACUCUCGCAUGAUCUUGAAGUACUUUCUGGCAGAAGGAGUUGUUUGUCGACAUGAACUUUUUGUGGCAACGGCACAAGAUAACCCAGAUGACAUUUUACAGGAACUCCCAGCUCCCAUCUUGGAUGAUGUGGUUAUUCACAAACCUCUGGAACAGCCCAGGUUGCCUUGUGAGUCCUCAGGCAAUUUGGAUGCAAUGAAUAUUGCCUGGCGCUAUCAGAAUCUUCCUAAAGUGCAGAGCGCCCUGGCAUCCUCUUCCCGAUUUGGUCACUACUAUGAUGUCUCAAAGACAAUGGAGCCAGAAAUUCGUCAGGCAACAAAGUGCCACCGCUUCUGCCUUCCAGAACAUCUCUCCCAACCAUCGAACAUGCACAGUCCCAUGCUUGAGUCUUACGCUGCCUUACUGAAGUCACUUCAGGAGGUCAUACACAGAGAGGGCUUUAAUUUGGCAGCCCCCAUGUCAAAGUCACGUAACAUCUUGCGUGUUGGCCUUCACGCUCUUGGCUCAUCUUUGUGGGGUGAUGACCUGAGUUGCCAUGACAACCCUAAACACCGCCACGCCCUUACUACUUUUCUCUAUGGACUGCGUGCCUUAAUGAGGUCAUCACUAUCAGUUGCUGUGGUUACUUUACCUUCGCAUCUCAUUCAGGACAGAGCUCUAAUGGGCAGCAUAACCAGGCUGUGCGACAAUGCCAUAGCCCUGGAAUCAUUCAAAGGCUCAGAGAGAGAGACUAACCCACUCUACAAAGACUACCACGGUCUGCUGCACGUACACCAGGUGCCUCAUCUAAACUGUUUGGCGAGUCAACUCCCUGACCACAAAGACUUGGCCUUUAAGCUCAAGAGAAAACAGUUCACUAUUGAGCGAUUGCAUUUGCCUCCGGACUUGUCCGAGACGGUGAGUCGUGUGAGCAGGGGGGAGCUGGCAGGAGCCGCUUCAGCCUGCGGCUCCGGCGCAUCCGGCACAAAACACCUGGACUUCUAAAGCCCUCGCACAGUCACCAUGGGAAACAAACAAGUGGGAAGCCGCAGCCAUUGUCCUCUUUGCCACAGCGACCAGGAUGUUCUCUUGCCCACGUAAUGUCAACUGGGAUAACCCAGCCGGCCAUUACCACCUGCCAACAAACUCAGCCAGGAGUGAAGAUCUAAACAUCCACAACCCCCUGCUUCUAACGGCUACAUUCACACUUUCAUUUCAAGCCCUUUUUCUACAAGUCCUAAUGUUUUGUUUGUUUGUUUUUUACCUAAACACUUGAUAAUUCACAUUGUUAGAAGAAGUGGUUUGUGCUUGUGUAAUGGCCAUUUUUAAUGAUUCUUAAUCCACAACAAAGGACAUCCAUGUGGUGUUUCUAAAUGCUUUGUGAAUUCAAAUGACUGCUUCUUAACUUGGUUCAAAUCCAAGCAUUUAAAAUUGUUUAAAUUCAGUUUGUUUGUUUUGUUUUUCUCCACCUUUAGGGAUUUGAAAAGGAAGUGUAAUCAUUUAAUAUUUUUAUUAUUUUUACACAAUAUUUCCACCUUGGUAAACAAUAAAUAAUUAAUCUCGGGUUUACGUUUCAAAACAAGAAACAUCUGCUGUGCUGUUUCACCUUUUGCAUCGUUCUGCAAAUGCAAUUUAUUUUUUAAGACGACUGAAAGACUCUCAUGUGAAAUGAAUAAAAAAAGAUAGCAUGCAGAACUCUACUUGUGUUUGUGUCUCAGCUUUUACUUUCCUGCACUUACAUCAUUCUCUCGGAGAAGAAAACAAAGCGAGCGGGUUGUGAAUGAUGCCAGUGUAGUGUACCUGACUGGUUUUAGRUUUGUGUAGUCAUGCCUUCACGCGACCCCAAGUUUGUGCAGGUGAGUGACGUGUGCGUUCGCUAAGCAGAUCAAAACAGAAAUGUGGGCAGAGGGCAGGAAAGCUGGAUUUGGGCGCAGGCUUCACACCUCAUCGGUCGUGUUUGCUGGAUGAGCUGCUCUGCCAUGACAAGCCCCAAAAAGAACAAAUUAGGUCAAACGGUGACAUGGGGUAACGCAGAAAGAGAGUCCACAUGAAAAAUUWAAUGUUUCAUUUUUGUUUUCCUCAGUCUGAGGCCGAUGCCACAUUGAAUUGUUUUGCCGGUUGAAACUUGGCAGAAUCUGUAAUUGUUUCCAACAUGUGUUUGGGAAAAAACAAGGAGUUACCUGACAUUUUUGUUUGUUUGUUUGUUUGUUUGUUUUUACAUACUUGGAGCACCUUUUUGUCAGGUUCAUGAGCGCGAUAAUGACAUGCACAUGUCACUUACACAGGUGAUCAAAUGCCCAAAAUAAAAACAGCUCUCUGGUUGUUGGUGUUGAAGUGUUGACAUAUGUAGGACUUUGAAUAUAGAUUUAAACAGAAUAAAUUCAUCUUGUCAUGUU